UCCGAGGCCGAGGCGCCCGCGGCCGUGGGCCAUCGUCCGUGCGGCCUGGUCCGAGCCAUGUCCGCGUGAGGACGCCGCCGCCGCCCACCUCCCUGGCCCCGGCCCGGCACGCCGCGAACCAUGGGCUCCAUCCUGAGCCGCCGCAUCGCGGGCGUGGAGGACAUCGACAUCCAGGCGAACUCGGCAUAUCGCUACCCCCCGAAGUCCGGAAACUACUUUGCCUCGCACUUUUUCAUGGGAGGUGAGAAAUUCGACACCCCGCACCCUGAAGGUUACCUGUUUGGAGAGAACAUGGAUCUGAACUUCCUGGGCAAUCGCCCAGUCCAGUUUCCUUAUGUCACCCCCGCCCCCCAUGAGCCGGUGAAGACGCUGAGGAGCCUGGUGAACAUCCGAAAGGACUCGCUCCGGCUCGUGAGGUACAAAGAUGGUGCCGACAGCCCCACGGAGGAUGGCGAGAAGCCCCGUGUCCUCUACAGCCUGGAGUUCACCUUUGAUGCCGACGCCCGGGUGGCCAUCACCAUCUACUGUCAGGCGGUGGAGGAGUUCCUGAAUGGGACGGCCACGUACAGCCCCAAGAACCCUGCCCUGCAGUCUGAGACCGUCCACUAUAAGAGAGGUGUGAGCCAGCAGUUCUCCCUGCCUUCCUUCAAGAUCGACUUCUCAGAGUGGAAGGACGAUGAGUUGAACUUUGACCUGGACCGGGGCGUGUUUCCAGUGGUCAUCCAGGCCGUGGUGGAUGAAGGAGACGUUGUGGAAGUGGCUGGCCAUGCUCAUGUGCUCUUGGCUGCCUUUGAAAAGCACGUCGAUGGCAGCUUCUCCGUGAAGCCUUUAAAGCAGAAGCAGAUCGUGGACCGUGUCAGCUACCUGCUGCAGGAGAUCUACGGCAUCGAGAACAAGAACAACCAGGAGACGAAGCCCUCAGACGAGGAGAACAGCGACAACAGCAAUGAGUGCGUGGUGUGCCUGUCAGACCUCCGGGACACGCUGAUCCUGCCCUGCCGCCACCUGUGCCUGUGCAACUCCUGCGCUGACACGCUGCGCUACCAGGCCAGCAACUGCCCCAUCUGCCGGCUGCCUUUCCGGGCCCUUCUGCAGAUCCGGGCGGUGAGGAAGAAGCCAGGAGCCCUGUCCCCCGUCUCCUUCAGCCCCGUUCUGGCCCAGAGCAUGGACCACGACGAACAUUCUUGUCCCUUUAAAAAAUCAAAGUCGCACCCCGCCUCCCUGGCCAGCAAGAAACCUAAAAGGGAAACAAGCUCCGACAGCGUCCCUCCUGGCUACGAGCCCAUCUCCCUGCUCGAGGCGCUCAACGGCCUUCGGGCCAUCUCCCCAGCCAUUCCUUCGGCCCCCCUUUACGAAGAGAUCACCUACUCGGGUGUCUCAGACGGCCUGUCUCAGGCCAGCUGUCCACUUGCUGGGAUCGAUCGAAUCAUGGAAAGCAGCCACCAGAAGGGCAAGCCGCGGAGCAAAUCCCCUGACAGCACCCUGCGGUCCCCAUCGUCCCCCAUCCACGAAGAGGACGAGGAGAAGCUCUCCCAGGACUCGGAUGCUGCUCCUCCGCCGGGCGGGCUGGGGUUGGCCCUGAGCAGCUCCCCUGAGAGUUUCCUGACAGAGGAGGUUGAUGAGAUGUCGCUAAAGCAAGGGAGCCGAGUGCCGUCCAUCGAGAAUGUCCUGCAGGAUGGCAGCCCCCAGCCCUGUGGCCGCGGCCAGCCCCGCCCGCCUGCCGACAUCUACCUGCCAGGAUGGCCCACCUCCAGGGAGACACCCUGCAGCCUCCGCACCACCGGUCCUCCCUGGCCUCCUGUUGGUGGCCUCAGUCCUGACCCCGGGACCACCGAGCUCACCCCACUCUGAGAGCCUGGCCAGGCUGACAGCAUGGAGCCCUCAGCUCCCCAGACUGCUGAGGGGCCGCCCAGACUCCAGUGUGACCCUGGCCUCUCCUGUCCGCACGCCCUGCGUGGCCGCUGGCUCCGAGGGGCCAUGCGACCCUUCAUUGAAGAGCACAGUGGACUGUCCCCUAUGACAAACCCCCUCGUCUCCGGUCGAUGUGUUUGUAAAUGGUACAAGAUGAAGGACAGCAGCUUUCUGUCCCAGGCGCUGAGCUCUGGGUUCCCUCAAAUGCCCUG